ACACACCAGCCUGUAUUCAUCCAGCUGCUACAAUCUGCAUUUAGAAUUUACAAUUGCACUUGGCCAAAUCCAGCACAGAAGUCUUCAGUGGAGUCUUGCAUCAAAACAUUAGCUGAAGUGGCAAAAAACCGUGGAAUUGCGAUCCCAGUGGAUUUGGAUAGUCAAGUGAAUACAUUAUUCAUGAAAAGUCACUCUAAUAUGGUCCAAAGGGCAGCCAUGGGUUGGCGGAUGUCUGCUCGUAGUGGUCCUCGCUUUAAAGAGCCCCUUGGAGGACCUUCGUGGGAUUAUAGGAAUAUCAUUGAGAAGCUACAGGAUGUGGUGGCUUCCUUGGAAGAGCAAUUCAGUCCUAUGAUGCAAGCUGAAUUUUCAGUGUUGGUUGAUGUCUUACAUAGCCCUGAACUUCUCUUUCCUGAAGGGAGCGAUGCUAGAAUUAGAUGUGGCGCUUUCAUGUCCAAAUUGAUAAACCAUACAAAAAGGCUAAUGGAGAAGGAAGAAAAACUCUGCAUCAAAAUUCUCCAGACUUUGCGGGAAAUGCUUGACAAGAAAGAUAGUUUCGUCGAAGAGGGUAGCAACCUGCGGAAAAUACUUCUCAAUCGCUAUUUUAAAAGUGACUAUGGAAGCAGCAUCAACGGUCCUCUGUCUGGCAACUAUGGCAAACCCAUGCCAAGUGGAGGGGCCUUUUCAGGACAAGAUGUGGACAAGUCUGGUGUGUCAAUGCAUGAUAUUCAAUGUCUUUUGGAUAAAGAAGGUGCUUCAGAACUUGUCACAGAUGUCAUUGUUAGUACCAAAAAUGACAGGAUAUUCUCUGAAGCCAUCCUGCUUGGCAUUGCGUUGCUUGAAGGUGGAAACACGCAAAUUCAGUAUUCCUUUUAUCAACAAUUAAACGAGCGGAAAAAAUCUGAAAAGUUUUUUAAAGUUCUAUAUGAUCGGAUGAAAAUGGCCCAACAGGAAAUUCGGUCAAUAGUUACGGUAAACACAAUUGAUCUGAGCAGCAAAAAGAAGGAUGAUGAGAUGGACAUGACUGUAUCAACUCCGAAGAAGAGAGUGAGAGAUUCAAACCUGCAUCUGAAAGAAGGAAUGAAAGGACAAUUAACAGAAGCCUCGACAGCAACGUCCAAAGCUUACUGUGUGUAUCGCAGAGAAAUGGAUCCAGAAAUUGAUCUCAUAGGUCCAGGGUCAGAUGCAGGAUGUACAGAUGAAAAGUCUUCAGAAGAAAUGACCAUGAGUCCUGCCAUUGUAAUCAUGCAACCAAUCCUGAGGUUUCUUCAAUUAUUGUGUGAGAAUCACAAUCGAGAACUCCAGAACUUUUUAAGAAGUCAGAACAACAAGACAAACUACAACCUAGUAUGUGAGACGCUGCAAUUUUUGGACUGUAUCUGUGGAAGUACAACAGGUGGGCUAGGACUUCUGGGCCUAUACAUCAAAGAAAAAAAUGUAGCUUUGGUGAAUCAAACCCUUGAAAGCUUGACUGAAUAUUGCCAAGGCCCCUGCCAUGAAAAUCAGACCUGUAUAGCUACACAUGAGUCUAAUGGCAUUGACAUAAUCAUUGCACUGAUUCUAAAUGAUAUCAAUCCUCUUGGGAAAUAUCGGAUGGACCUAGUGCUUCAGUUGAAGAAUAAUGCCUCCAAGCUUUUGUUGGCUAUAAUGGAAAGCAGACAUGAUAGUGAAAAUGCUGAAAGAGUCCUUUUCAACAUGAGACCAAGGGAGCUGGUGGAUGUAAUGAAGAAUGCAUACAAUCAGGGUCUUGAGAGUGAUCAGGAGGAGGAGAAUGGAGAUGACAGUAUUUCGCCAAAAGAUGUUGGACAUAAUAUCUAUAUAUUAGCUCACCAGCUGGCCCGUCACAAUAAAACAUUACAACACAUGCUGAAGCCUGGGGUAGAUCCUGAAGAAGGAGAUGAAGCUUUGAAGUAUUAUGCUAACCACACCGCUCAAAUUGAGAUAGUCCGCCAUGAUAGAACUAUGGAACAAAUAGUAUUUCCUGUGCCAAAUAUUUGCGGAUUCCUCACACAUGAAUCAAAGUGCCGGGUGUUCAAUACUACAGAAAGAGAUGAGCAAGGAAGCAAAGUAAAUGACUUUUUUCAACAGACUGAGGAUCUAUAUAAUGAAAUGAAGUGGCAAAAGAAAAUUAGGAAUAAUCCAGCAUUAUUUUGGUUCUCCCGACAAAUUUCCCUCUGGGGAAGUAUAUCUUUCAAUCUGGCCGUUUUCAUCAAUCUAGCGGUAGCCCUCUUCUAUCCAUUUGGAGAUGAUGGUGAUGAAGGCACGCUUUCUCCAUUAUUUUCUGUUCUCCUCUGGAUAGCUGUGGCCAUCUGUACGUCUCUUCUUUUCUUUUUCCCGAAACCUGUUGGAAUCCGACCAUUUCUGGUAUCUGUAAUGCUCAGAUCUAUAUAUACUAUUGGUCUUGGGCCUACGCUGAUCCUUCUAGGUGCCGCUAAUCUUUGUAACAAGAUUGUAUUUUUGGUGAGCUUCGUUGGGAAUCGUGGUACGUUCACCCGUGGAUAUAGAGCAGUCAUCAUGGAUAUGGCCUUUCUCUACCAUGUGGCCUAUGUUCUAGUCUGUAUGUUGGGUCUCUGCGUACAUGAAUUUUUUUACAGCUUCUUGUUAUUUGACUUGGUAUACAGAGAGGAAACUUUGCUGAAUGUCAUUAAGAGUGUUACACGGAAUGGGCGGUCCAUUAUUCUGACUGCAGUCCUAGCUCUUAUCCUCGUCUAUCUGUUCUCCAUUGUUGGGUUCUUGUUUUUGAAAGAUGACUUCAUUAUGGAUGUGGAAAGAUUGAAAAAUAGAACAUCUGUUACAGACAGUGGCACCAUCUCCACUACAAGCUUAACAACAAUGGUGGAUGCGUGUUCAAGAGAGAACUGUAGUCCUACAGUACCAGCUGUCAAACCAGGAGAAGACAGUGAUGAGGAUGAGAUUGAGAGGACAUGUGAUACUUUGCUGAUGUGUAUUGUGACCGUAUUGAACCAAGGCCUGAGGAAUGGUGGUGGAGUGGGAGAUGUGCUUCGGAAGCCAUCCAAAGAUGAGCCACUGUUUGCUGCUCGGGUUGUUUAUGAUCUCCUGUUUUAUUUCAUUGUCAUCAUUAUUGUCCUGAACCUCAUAUUUGGAGUCAUCAUCGAUACUUUUGCAGAUCUCAGAAGUGAAAAGCAGAAAAAAGAGGAGAUCUUAAAGACAACCUGCUUCAUCUGUGGGCUUGAGCGAGACAAGUUUGAUAACAAGACAGUUUCAUUUGAGGAGCACAUAAAAUCAGAACACAACAUGUGGCACUAUCUAUAUUUUAUCGUUCUGGUCAGAGUGAAAGACCCAACGGAAUACACUGGUCCCGAAAGUUAUGUGGCUCAAAUGAUUGCGGAAAAAAAUUUAGAGUGGUUUCCUCGGAUGAGAGCCAUGUCCCUGGUUAGCAACGAAGGUGAUAGUGAACAGAAUGAAAUCAGGAAUCUGCAAGAGAGAUUGGAAUCCACCAUGAUCUUGGUCAAGCAGCUUUCCAGUCAACUAGCUGAGCUUAAAGAACAGAUGACAGAACAAAGGAAAAACAAACAGAGGUUGGGCUUUUUGGGAUCCAACGCUGCUGCCCACGUGAACCAUCAUGCACCACCACAUUGAUACCACCCAGGCUAUGAUGGGCCUUUCAUCAAUAUUCUCUCUUGAUCACAAGGCAGAAGAGCUGAGCGUGGAAGGACUGAACAGGGCCUAUUGUUACCAAGUUUUCAACUGAGUGCCAAAAUGCUAAAUGACUGAGCUCUGGGAACAAUUUGUAACUGUGUUUUAUGGUUGAAAGGGGCCGUGGCUUAAACCCUACAGAUAAUGCAAAAUGGGGACAUAAUCUUCAUCUUUGCUCAGCCGUAUCAAUAAACAAACAAAUGAAAAAAAGGGGGGGGGCUCAGUUUAUACUCUUGCAUUUCAGUUGGGUUUAAAUUUUUUUUUUAUCUUUCUUUCUCCAGAGGCUGGCAGGAAAGAAGCUGAAUUUGGCUCAGUUGUUUUGAAUGCCGUUCUAAGAAACCUUGUAAAUCCAGCAACUUACUGAGAGAGUCGUUGAUUAACCCAAAAUGCAACAGUGUUAUUCAAAAUCUGUAAAAUCUGUUUCUUGUUGUUUGCUGGCUCAUGUCAUUUGUCAUGUUUGCACGGUGUUUGCUCUUUGGGGAAAAAAAAAAACCAAACACAUGUAAAUAUGCUACAGCAAAUUAAUUUGCAUUAGGAGAUAAACAAAGUCAUCUCCUUCACCACCAGAUGUUUUUGCUUUUUAAAGAAGACAAACUAUAAUGCUAGGAGCAUUUUUGCUGUCAGCUGUACAGUUCCUAUAAAAUACAGUACAAUGAAUCUGUGGCUUUCCAUUCUUUCCAUUUAUUCAUGUAGCCACCAAAGACAUUAGAAUAGAACACUCUAUUCACCAAGAACAUUACAUCAAAUUUAGAUCCUUACUCCUGGACUUAGCUAUACCCUAAAGGUCGUUGCAACUAAAGAUUCUAAGUAAGGAUGGCCUUUAAUCUGUGGUUAAAAGCAAGGGUGAGGUUGAGGAGAAAAAGAACUCCUUUAUAAAUCUUUAGUAUCAAAGAUUAAGUUCAGGGUGGUAAGCAGGUUUGAAAUGUCUACGUAGAAACAACUGCAAAUGGGCCAUUGUCAUUCAUAAAGCACACAGAAAUUUGACUUUGCUGCUUCUCCUUUCUCAGUUUCUAAGCCAGAUGCUCUUCAGAAAGGAUUCACAACUGUGUUGAUCUCCUACUUUGAGAGGAAUGUACGAUCUCAUUAUUCUUCAUCUUCUGAUUCUACCUAGCCCAUUCUCCUCAUUGGAAGGAUUACUCAGAAUAUUAAUUCAACGUUAUAGUUCUUACUGCUGCAAUGGUUAGGAGAGCAGUUAUCUCAGACUGAGGAUUAAUUCCCAAAUCCAGGUUGCCAAAAUCCAAGUGAACACUAGUAGUAGCAAUAAUUUAGCUACCAUAAAGUGUCUUUCAGAUUUUUGCAGCUCAGAUCUGGGAACAAUGGAUUGUCUUGUCUGGAAAUCAGUAUGCAGUGUGUUGGGCAGUCCAAGACACUUUAAGAGCUAGCCUAACUUCCAAACACUGGAGUGAAAUGCAUUUUUUUAACAUUAAAUUUUGGUAAAUCUGGGGCUUCCUUGUCUGACUAUAGAUUUAGUAAAAAAAACUUUUUAGUAAAAAUGCUGAUAAGGAAUUGAAAAAUGUAUUUCUGGUUGUGAGUGAAAUCUAGACUCGGUUCUGCUCAAUCAGUCAUGACUUCUGUAAGUAUGUCUCUUCUAGGUAAGACUAAAACUAGAUUUCAUCUUAUCUGAAUAAAAUAAGUUGCGCUGUUUACAUAUCUUAGGAGAACUGGAAGCUUAUGAGACAAUUCAUGUGUGGCUUUUCAAAAAUCUCUUUCUGGCAUCUUGGAAGACAUAAAUGCAAUGCCAGUCAGAGAGAUUACACUGUAUCUUGUGAUUAUGUCAUAUUAUAAUACCUACAGGAAACAUGUUUUGCACAUUUUAUUGACUUAAGUGGAGCGUUCGAGUUUCACACCAGUUCUCAUCAUCCACAGUAUACUUUAAUGAAACUUGUGGAUAAGCAAUAUUAUGUGGUUUAUUUCCACCAUUACUUGCACUUUAUAAUGAGUUAUGUCAUCAUGUAGACUAUAUCGCAUCAGCCUUAUUAAUUGAUUGCUAUCCAAAAUAUGUGUCAUUUGGAAGGGUGCCUGAUUUUAUAGGGCUUUCCCAAGCCACAAUUAUCCUAGGCUCAUUAUAACAAGCUCAGACUAAAACCUCCUUGCAUUCCAAACAGUCUAAGAAGCAAAAUAGGUUUCAGUUAAAUACUUUGUACCUGCAACUGAACUCUUAGGUGUUUUGCUCUGUCCCCACUUUAGAAUCACCUCUGAAGGUCCUGCUGGUGGCUCCUUGGUUGAAAUGUGUCUUUUCCCAGCAUGGCAGGGCAGCUGUGCAGGGCAGCUACAUAAUCUCCUGAAAAGACAUGACUGCUUUAAAGAGUUUCCUCCCAUGCUAUCCAAAACACCUUUUCCUGUUUAAAUUUGAAGCACUUCACAGAUCAAAUAGUUAAAAGCAGGAUUCAUUUUCCUGCUUUUUUGAAACCUUUUUUGAGAAUGGGUCAAAAAUGAACUCUACCAAACAAUGGAUUAAUCUUCAUCAGGGAAGAAACCUAAGAAUUUUGUGAGGACAGACCAUGUUGUUGUUUUUUUUAAUUUCCUUAAUGUGUCAGAGAGUUACUCCUGCUUUAAGAUGCCCGGCAGAGUUUCCUUUGUAAAUUCAAGAUGCAACACCUCUUGAGAAUGACAUGACAUCAUGGUAACAUUCUCCUGGGCAGUCCUGAAUGGGUGGGUGGAAUUUAUAGCAAAGCAUUAGCAAGUCUUAACAACAAUUGAUGUCAAUGGCUAUAAUUAAUCUUAGUUAACUGUGUCUGGUUCAAAACAUGAAAGUUGUAAAGUAAACAAAAAAAUAAAAAGGGUCAUAUCCUGAGGACUAAACAGAAAAUAUGCAAUUUUAUCCAUGUUUACUUCCAAAAAAAUGCUAACAACUUUAUAAUAAUUGA